AUGGCAGCCCCAAAGAAAGCAGUUGUGGGGCCGUUGGUGGGGGCAGUGGUCCAGGGGACUAACUCCACUCGCUUUCUGGUUUUCAAUUCAAAAACAGCAGAGCUGCUUUGUCACCAUCAAGUGGAAUUAACACAAGAGUUCCCAAAAGAAGGAUGGGUGGAACAGGACCCUAAGGAAAUUCUUCAGUCUGUCUAUGAGUGUAUAGAGAGAACGUGUGAGAAACUUGCUGAGCUGAAUAUUAAUAUAGCGAACAUAAAGGCUAUUGGUGUCAGCAAUCAGAGGGAAACCACCGUAAUCUGGGACAAGUUAACUGGAGAGCCGCUCUACAAUGCUGUGGUGUGGCUUGAUCUAAGAACCCAGUCUACUGUUGAGAAUCUUAGUAAAAAAAUUCCUGGAAAUAAUAACUUUGUCAGGACCAAGACAGGCCUUCCACUUAGCACUUACUUCAGUGCAGUAAAACUUCGUUGGAUUCUUGACAAUGUGAGAAAAGUUCAAAAGGCUGUUGAAGAAGGUAGAGCUCUUUUUGGUACCAUUGAUUCAUGGCUUAUCUGGAGUUUGACAGGAGGAGUUAAUGGAGGUGUCCAUUGCACAGAUGUAACAAAUGCAAGUAGGACAAUGCUUUUCAACAUCCAUUCUUUGGAAUGGGAUAAAGAGCUCUGUGACUUUUUUGAAAUUCCAAUGGACAUUCUUCCAAAAGUCUGGAGUUCUUCUGAGAUCUAUGGCCUAAUGAAAGCUGGGGCUUUGGAAGGUGUGCCAAUAUCUGGUUGUUUGGGGGACCAGUCUGCUGCAUUAGUAGGACAAAUGUGCUUCCAAGAAGGACAAGCCAAAAACACAUAUGGAACAGGUUGUUUCUUACUAUGUAAUACAGGUCGUAAGUGUGUAUUUUCUGAACAUGGCCUUCUGACCACAGUGGCUUACAAACUAGGCAAAGAUAAGCCAGUAUGUUAUGCAUUGGAAGGUUCUGUGGCUAUCGCAGGUGCUGUUAUUCGCUGGCUAAGAGACAACCUUGGAAUUAUAGGGACCUCAGAAGAAAUUGAAAAACUUGCCAAAGAAGUAGGUACUUCUUACGGCUGCUACUUCAUCCCAGCUUUUUCAGGAUUAUAUGCACCUUAUUGGGACCCCAGUGCAAGAGGGAUAAUCUGUGGUCUCACUCAGUUCACCAAUAAAAGUCAUAUUGCUUUUGCCGCAUUAGAAGCUGUUUGUUUCCAAACCCGAGAGAUUUUGGAUGCCAUGAACCGUGACUGUGGAAUUCCGCUCAGUCAUUUGCAGGUAGAUGGAGGACUGACUAACAACAAAGUUCUUAUGCAACUACAAGCAGACAUUCUGCAUAUUCCAGUAAUAAAGUCCUGUAUGCCUGAAACAACUGCUCUGGGAGCUGCCAUGGCAGCAGGAGCUGCAGAAGGAGUGGGCGUUUGGAGUCUUAAACCUGAGGAUUUGUCAACUGUCAUGAUGGAACGGUUUGAACCACAGAUCAAGGCCACAGAAAGUGAAAUUCGUUAUUCUACAUGGAAGAAAGCUGUGGCGAAGUCAAUGGGUUGGGCUACAACUCAGUCUCCUGGAGGUGGUGAUCCUAAUAUCUUCUCUAGUCUGCCCUUGGGCUUUUUUGUAGUGAGUAGCAUGAUAAUGUUAAUUGGAGCAAGAUACAUCUCAGGUAUACCAUAA